CAGGUGCGAGCGACGGGUGAUUAAAAAGUUUUCCAGAGCGCCGAGAGAAGCUAUUUGCAUUAAAAGUUGGAAAAUGCCCGGCCAAGUUUUAUCGUGUUUAAUAUUAAGUUUGCUGUGUUAUCUUCCAAUUGCAUUAUCCUCGCUGCAAUUGGAAAUUCCUGAACGGAAAGCUGAAACUACCGGGAAGAGUUGCCCGAGUUGCGCGUGCGGUGGCCUGAACGUGAAUUCUCGCAUUAUCGGAGGAAACCAAAGCGACAUAAGCGCAUAUCCAUGGAUGGCGGCACUCUACUACAGGCGACUGUUUACAUGCGGUGGAAGCCUGAUUAACGAUCGCUACAUUCUAACAGCAGCGCACUGUGUCGCGAGAUCGGAUGCCAAACAGUUUGAUGUGUUUCUACGGAGACCAAAUAUUGGGAUGGGUAAUCCCGAAAUGAUACAAAGGCGGGUUGAAACCAUCACUCUAAACCGUUAUCAGGGAGCCAGGAUUAAUAACGAUGUUGCACUACUGCGGCUUGCGGAAUCCGUUCCAAUCGAACCAGAUUUGGUGCCAAUUUGCCUACCCGAUGGAAUGGAUAGUUAUGUGGGCAGAACGGCUAUGUUGAUUGGUUGGGGAACUACAGCCAAUGGAGAAUUGUCGGAUACGUUGCAGCAACUGACCGUACCCAUCAUGUCCAAUCAGGAAUGCAAACGUUCCGGAUAUUUUCGGUUUCAGAUUACCAAUCGAAUGAUGUGCGCUGGAUAUUUGGAUGGCGGACGAGAUUCGUGUCAGGGAGACAGCGGUGGACCUUUGCAGCUGGUAAAUCCUUCGACCGGACGGCACGAGAUUGUCGGAGUCGUGUCCUGGGGUAAGGAGUGUGCCCAACGUAACUAUCCUGGUGUUUAUGCACGGGUUACGAAAUUCGUCGCCUGGGCCCGGAACAACAGCAGGAACGCGUGCUGGUGCCACCAGUAGCUUGCGGAUUGUGUUGUCAUUGUUUGCUGAACG